CUUCCUGCUUCCCCAGGCAUAGCACCACCACAGCCUCCCCUGGCCCUGCGAUCACCACUAGGAGUGGAUUGCGCAGGUCCAAGAACUCGUUUUCCCUUUCUUUCUUUCUUUCUUUUUUUUUUCCUGUAGUGAUCGCCCUCGGAGAAGGAAGGAAGCGGAAAGGAACGAUCUUUUAAAGGUUUUUGCAGCAAAAAUCGGACCUUUGAGUAAAAGUGAUCGCUCUAGGAGCGGCAAGGAGCGAUCAUUUCGAGGCUUUUGGUCUCUGGUCUUAGAUUGAGUUCGGAGUAAUCACUUUGGUCGUUGUUCUAAUGGAGGUCGAGUCAAGUAGGUCAAAAAGAUGAUACCUUUGAUCUUUCUGUUGUGCCGCGGGCUGCAAUGGUUGAUAGAGACAUGUUAUUUCCAGUUUCUUGAGGUUGAGGCGCUCUUCUUUGUUGGAGUAGAGAAGACCCGUUGAUAGUCUGUAGGAAUCCAAUCUUCUUUGUCACAGAAGCAGGAGCUUAACGAUGCAUUAGAUGAAGGGAAAUGGAAGAGUUUUGGCUUCCUUUUUGCCUCAUUCUGAACAUUGAAGAGAAGAGAAUCUGAAGCUGACGGCCAGGGCUGAGGAGCAGAAUAUUAUGCUGAGGAAUAGAUCCAGAGCAGUUGGUGGCAAACAGGGCUUGAUGUCUGAUUCCCAGCCCUUCCCAUCUCCCACUGGCAACAGCCUCAGUAAGCCCACAGCUUCCUCCCUCUUCCCCUCUCCAAGGCUCUUUCGGAGCUUCUCUUCGAAGGGCUUCGCAGACAGUGAAGUUGCCAUGAGCCCGACCUCCAUACUUGAAACCAGACACUUGUCUUCCUUUGGGAAUGUCUUGUACUCUGACAAGCAGCCAAAGAAGCCUCCUUGUGAGGUUGUCUCAGCCUCAACAGAGAGCAAACACCAUUCUCGGAACUAUGGUAGACCGGAACCCAUUGGCCUUGGGUUAGUUGAUGCACUCAACGAUGACAAAGCCAAGGAGUCAUCUAAGGCUGAGCGUAGAAUGGUCGUGUCUGGCUCACAGUUAAGGAUUCAGAUCCCCUCCAUCAACUCAAACUCCAAUUCGCUGGGCAGGUCCAUGGAGCUACCUAGUUCUCCGAUAGAAUUUGGCAUCAAGAACAAGGAUUCCCAAUUGGCUUUGUUCUCUCCCAUCCGGAGAUCCUUGGGCCAUCACCAUGAGGUGUCUGUCUCUUCCCCUCGUGUUUUCACCGGGAGCAUCUCCGCGAGCGAGAUGGAGCUCUCAGAGGACUACACUUGUGUGAUCUCCCAUGGGCCAAAUCCGAAGACCACACACAUAUUUGACAAUUGCAUUGUGGAAAGCUGUGGUGAGGAAUUCAUGCCUGCAAGGAAGGAUAAUAGUUUUGUGCCAAGUCAAGGCUAUCCUGCAGAUGAUUUCAUAACCUUCUGCUAUGCAUGCAAGAAGAUUCUUGGACACGGGAAGGAUAUCUUUAUGUAUAGAGGUGAAAAAGCAUUUUGCAGCAAUGAGUGCCGGUACCAUGAGAUGCUCAUCUAUGAAGAGUUGGACAAUCACUCUACAGAUUCAUCGCUAAAGUCUAGCCCAAGCUUCUCUUCAUCUCAUUCGUGUACUAUGCAGGUGAUGAGGAAGUCGCAGACGUCGACCAUGGAGCAUAUGUAGCUUCUUGUGAAUUUGAUUUUAUUGUGUUGGAUUAGGUCCAAAAGAGAUGAAGCUGAUCCUAGGAAAAUGCUUGGUCAUUUUUGCAUCCAUGUGGGUGUUCUUUCAUUGUUUCUGGUUUCAGUGGAGGGAGAAUGGUGAGGUUUUGUAGAGAUGGCUCUGGAUCAGGCUACUGUGGGUUUGUGCCUGCUACUGUGGGUUUGUGCCACAGUUUUUUUGGCUGAGAGUGACAUGUUAAGGUUAAUCACAAUGUUAUGUUCACUAGGAAACUCAUCUCCUUUUGGCUCACUGUUCUCAAGCUAUCACUUUCAGAUUACCUAAUAGAUGCUCUCUUACUA